AUGAAGACUCUUUCAUCGUUCAGGGCGGGUGAGAUUAUUUGCCCUAUUCCACCAGACUACUUUCUCGAGCUUGACGAGCUGAUUCUUUCAAAUGGAUCACGCGUGAAGCAUGGGGCGGAAUUCAAUGCCACCAUCAUCAGCCGCUUCAUCAUCGCCACGCGGGCUCUCGAAAAGGACGAAGAGGUCUCGGUGGACCUUAACACGUUGGUGUACGACGCGGAAGACCAAAAGACACUGCGCUUCCCGGGCUUCAAGAAUCUCGCAGAAGCAGAAAAGCAGCGACUCUACACUUACGCGGAUGAAAAAGUGCGACAAGAAGCAAUUGCUGACGGGUUCAUACCACACCGCAGUGAGAGCGGCAUAGACGUUGUGUGCACCUCAAAGUCAACCCUCGUGACGGUGUCGUCUGGGCAUCACGAGACGAACAGCAUUGUGUUUACGUCAACAGGUCUAUUGCUGCCGUUCGCGGUGCGCAGCACGAUAGAGCUUCCUGGAGAGCAGCACCUACGCCUGAGUGGCGGUACAGAGUUCAUUUGGCACGCCUGCCAGCCGAACCUCCGCCUUGAAAUUGACGGCGACUCCAUUCGUGGCAUUGCCCUCCGCCCCAUAGAAGCAGGGGAACGGCUGACGUGCAAUUACCUUUACACGGAGUGGGAUAUUGCACAGCCAUUCCGCUGCGCCUGUAACACUUACUCAUGUUAUGGUUUCAUUCGGGGUUUCCAGUAUCUUGACGCGGAACAACAGAUGCAUUUGUUGCCGAAUGCAAGUGCUGCUAUUCAGGAAAAAUACAACGCACCUCCUCCCUCCAUCGCCUCACUGACAGUCUUGAAGGAGACUACAGCAGUGUCAGUUACCUUUGAAGGAAAGCUGGCGGCGCAACACUACGUGGCAUCUGGCACGGUGUUGUUUCGCGUGGACCGCUUUUGUGUGCGUCCUCGUGAGAUUGUCAUUGAUAAUCUGCACAUCCCUCACAGUUGUGAUGCGAAUACGGUUCUUCUGGAGGGUCGGUUGGUGGCAUCCCGCCCACUUCUCGCUGGGGACCCUCUCACGUUGAAUCUAUCCACAUUGUUCUAUGAGUUGCCUCUACCGUUUGGUUGUUGCUGUGGUGCUGUCAACUGCACCCGCAAUGUUGAGGGAUUUUCGGGUCUGAGUGACGAGGCAAAGAAUCGCCUCAUGCCUUUUACGGAACACGCUGUCCUUGUUGAAGCGGUUCGCCGCGGCUACGUUGUGCAGAGCUCCACCCCAUUGGUUAAGAUUUCCCAUAUUCCGUCAAUGGGCCGUGCUACAUAUGCCACGGAAUUCAUUUCAAAGGGAACACACAUCUUUCACUUGAAGGGUCUUGUCUUGUCGUUUCCAACCAUAUACACUGUGUUCCUGGGGGAUGGCAAGCACCUUUUAUUUGCGGACGGUGCACAGUGCUUAGCGCACAGCUGUGAGCCCAAUACACGUCUCUCAGUAGACGCCACGAAUGGGAGUGCCAGCUGUGUGGCUACACGCGACAUCCAACCAGGCGACAUUGUCAGCUUUAACUAUCUCACCUCCGAGUGGGACAUGGCCGCGCCGUUUAAGUGCUCUUGUGGAAGUGUCAAGUGCCACGGUGUGAUUCGGGGAUUCCGUCACUUGGAUGAAAGCAGUCAGUUACGCCUUUGGGCUCACGCAACAAGAGGAGUGAAAUCCCUCUUCGCCCAGCACCGCCGCAGCGCACUGCCCAACCUCGACAGCUCUCUGGUAUAUCUCCACGAGCAUUCAGGAAAACUUCGUCUGGCAAGUGACAUGUCGUCUGGUGUGAUACUCUUCGACGCGACAACCUUCAGUGUUGUUGGUAACGAAAUUGUGCUGGAUGAUGUUCGAAUCAAUCACUCGUGUAAUCCUACUGCUGUUUGGCUCGAAGGGCAUGUUGUUCUAUCUCGGGCGUCUCUAAGGGGCGAUGCUGUGACACUCAACAUUAACCAUCUGGUCUACAACCUAUCUCCGUUUCUAUGCACAUGUGGAUCGCCAAACUGCGUUGGUGAGGUAAAAGGCUUCGCUGGCCUCUCAGACGACGAAAAGGACGCGGCGAUGUUGUGCGCAGACCCUCAGGUGCGGGCAGCGGCGGUCAACAACGGCUACUGUAUCCAAAGCUCCUCUUCGUUGGUGGAAGUGAAAGCAAACGGACUCAUGGGGCAAGCAACCUUUGCAAAAAGUAGUAUUCGGAAGGGUACUCGCUUUUUUGAGGUGACUGGUCUCGUCCUUCCUUUUGCAACAGUGUAUACAAUCCUCCUUGACAAUAAUCAGCACCUUCUUUUUGCUGAUGGAGCUCAGUGUCUGGCGCACAGCUGUGAUCCAAACGUUCGUAUUAUAACAGACAGCACGGGAAAACGUUUGGACUGCAUUGCACUCCGCGACAUCAAAAAGGGUGAGCUUGUCUCCUUCAAUUACCUCACAACAGAGUGGGAUAUGCAAAGCCCAUUUACAUGUCUCUGUGGGGCGCCGCACUGCUACGGUGAAAUCCGGGGAUUUAAGCACCUGGGAAAUUAUGCACGACAGAAGCUAUGGGGCAGUGCAACACCAGCAAUAAAAGCCCUUGCGACAGCGGCAAAGGGCGUAGAUGCGUGGAUGCAGAUUGCAUCAACGCGACUCUUUGUUGAUGAUGCUGGACUGGUUCACAUGAGCGAUGAUAUGAUGGAAGGGAUAAGUCUCAUCAAGGUUUUAUCUGCUGAAGUUUUACACGGAUUUGUCGAUCUUGAUGGAUUGCGUAUUCGUCACCACUGUUCACCGACGGCGGCACUCAUUGAGAACAUAGUUGUGUUAAUUCGCGCUGUCUCAGCUGGGGAUGAGCUUACUAUGGAUCUCAAUUGUCUUAGCUACUCUAUGCCAGAAGAGUUCAUGUGCAGGUGCAACCGAUUCAGUCAUUCACAUUCUGUCCGUGGGUUCAAGUGGUUGACAGAGGAGGAGCAACAUGCACGCAUGGUUUUCACUGAGCCCAGCGUCCGUGUGGCGGCUAUACGAGAUGGGUACAACACCAAAUGCAGUUGUUCAUUGAUUGAGGUACAUAAUGGUGAAACUGGCAUGGAGGUGUUUGCCGCUGUGAAUAUAUCCGCCGGCACACGUUUUAUGACUAUCAAGGGUACAUGUCUCACGUUCCCAACAGCUGGUACAAUACAACUGGAGGAAGGAAAGCACCUCAUACUCUCUGGUGGUGCACAGUUCCUUACACACAGCUGCGAUCCGAACAUCCGCAUUUGUGUAGAUGCGGUGAACAACACAAUCGAAUUCGAAGCGCUACGCGAUAUUGAAAGUGGGGAACUCGUGACCUUUAACUAUGUUACCACAGAGUGGGAGCUGCGUUCCUCAUUCCAAUGUUUGUGUCGGAGCCCUAACUGCCUACAGAAAAUCCGCGGGUUCAGGUUUUUGUCGAACGCGCAGCGGUUGGCUCUCCAAGGACAGGUCACGCCUGCCAUACGUCAGAUGGCUGGUACGAGUGCAACUGUCCAAUUGCCAUCCACGCUUAAGGCCAACGCGGUGGGAAUGUUGCAGGUGACGAGCACUGUGACACGUGGAACGGUGCUUUUGGAAUGCCAUGACAUGGACAUUCAGCCGACACAGGUUGCCCUGGAUGGAAACACCUACAUCAUACGGCAGAAGGAAGACCCCACUACUGUCUUUGUGGAGGGUCGUUUCAUUGCCAUGCGCACUUUGGAUGUGGGAGAGAUACUGACAGUCGACAUUAAUUUGUUCGUGUACGACAUGAAAUCCCUAUUCCCACGUGCUUUCACGAAGGAGGCGCAGGGGUUCCGUCACAUGGAAGAGGUGAAAAAGCAGCGCAAGCUCUAUUUAUGUGAGCCACCAGUGCGCGCGCAGGCCAUGCGUGAUUAUUGGAUCGUGAAGUCUACAUCACCGCUGAUCGAGGUUCGCCAAAAUGGUAAAAUGGGGCAGACCGCAUACGCUAUUUCUGAUAUCUCGGAGGGUGAAGUGCUUUUCCACGUCACAGGCCUCGUCGUGCCAUUCCCCACAAUGUACACUAUCUGUGUCGGGGAGGGUAAGCACCUUCUCUUUGGGGAUGCUGCGGAGUGCAUUGCCCAUCACUGUGACCCCAACGUACAGGUUGUUGUACACGAAGAUGAAGAGGCACUUGAAUUUGUGACGCUCCGAAACGUCGCCGCGGGGGAAAUGGUGACGUUCAACUACUGCACGACGGAGUGGACGAUGAACACGCCCUUUGUGUGUCUGUGCGGGUCCCCGCACUGCACGCAUACCAUUCGUGGUUUUGUGCACCUGAACGAGGUUGACCAGCAGCGUAUUUGGCCAAUCACAAGUGAUGUGGUGAGGCGGUACGCUGGCAAGGAAGGUCUCUAA